CUUUUCUUCUUUUUAGAUUGUCUUAAUUUUUCAAAAUUAAUAAAGAUCUCAGUCUAUUACAUCUCGUAUUAAGGCACUUUCUAAUCUACCGACCCUUGGAGCAAAGGGUUAGGCACCUAGUAUGAGCCCUCUAAUUUUCAAUGGCGGAAUGUUUGAGCUUUAGCCUCUUUGAUAAAUAGAAAGUAUCAUAAUGUGUAAAAUUAUACCAAUGGUAUAAAAAAAAUUAUAUUAGAAUUGAAUUUAGCUUAAGAGAAAGCCAUGAAAUUAUGGUAUCUUGAAAAUGAAUGCUUUUGCAAGCAUCAAAGAGGGGUCACACUCUUUGCUUUAGGCUCUACAGACAAAGAGGGCCAACACUUUUUGAGUUCUUUAAGUUUGCUUCCCUAAAUGUACAAACAAAGGUAUAGUACUGAUUAAGUUUGGCAUCAAGAUCAUGUACAAUAAACAACAUAAGCCAAAAGAAAACAAAAAGAGUUCAACUUUUGUGCACUGACUUACGAUGUAUAAUUUUUUCUUAUAUUAUUAGGUUUAACGUUACGUAUAACACUAUAGUUAAAAUAUAUUGAUUUUUUUAACUCAAAAACAAAGAAAAGUCUAGUAACUAAGAUUAUCUUAUAAUUUUGUCUUUAUAUUUCUUUCCAACUAGAUAUAAAGCUACCUAGUUUGAGCUGUGAUUUUCAAUAAAAUUGGAGUCAUAUGUCUGUCUGUUUCUUUCUAUCACAUGAAACUAUAGAAUAUAUGAAGUCCUUAAUCUUUCUCAUGAUUAAAUUCUCUUUCAAAAUUUAUGUUUAUUUAUCACAUUCUUAUUUCCAAGUAGAUAACAUCACAGAGCAAGAUUCAAGUGAAGAUUCAUAUAGCCGACCUCAACUUGGUUGAUAUUGAUCGAUGAAAUACGUGGAUACGAAUAUGAGUGAGCUUGGUUCAGAAAGAUCAAAUCCAUGGAACAAUAUUCACACAAGUUCAGAACCUAGUCCUUCCCAAACACAAGUAAACAGAGAAGGACAAUGGAAGAAUUUCGGGACAUCAAUGGAUGCUAUUUCUUUUGGCUUUGUUGCUACAGCUAUACUCAUAUCCAUGUUUCUCAUCAUGGCCAUAUUUGAACAUCUAUUCAAACCUAGCCCUCCUUUCUCUUCGCCUCUAGGUAGUAGACACAGUUCCUUGGAGUUGGGGCCUAUUCAGAAACGCGCAAGUUCAGAAACAGUACCAACGCGAUAUUCAUCGGAUUAUACAGUUAUGAUGCCAGGACAACAGUAUCCUACCUUCAUUGCUAAGCCAACUCCAUUGGCUUGUCCAAGGGAAGGGGUUUAUUGGCCUUCCCAUGAACAUAGUUUUCCCUUCUCUUAAUGAUCCUACAAGACUAAUUAUUGUAUUAUCAUAUUUAUGAAUCCUAAUGUGACCAUAAAAAAACUUCACCAAUUGCAGAAUCUAGCACUCUCUUACCAUGCUCAGACCUGUAAAAUUAGCUGUCGGGCGAAAACUGAAGUUUUGCACAUUGGGAAGAAGGGACAUUGAUUGUUUUUGUGUGACAUAUUUGGUUUUUUUGCUUUGUAUAUUGACUGAGUUCCCCUCUUUCUGUAUUGUCUUUUCCAAUAUGUGAGAUGUGGGGAUGAUCUGGGAAGUUCAGUAGGUUGAGUUUUUAGUUUGUUGCUUUGUAGUAAGCUUCUUUUACCAUAUAUUGUUUUACCAGUCUCUUUUGACUAUUGAGCUUAUGCACUUCUUUCUACUUGUGUCACUUGA